GACCCUAUAGGUGAUCACCACUAGAACCAACGCGAUUCCUAUACAACAAAGUUUUUCCAGCUCAAGCGUACUUUAUUCUGAUUGGAUAAGACAGGCAGUAUGAUAAUUUUGACCCGACGUCACUUCCCAGUUGUUCAAUGCGCCAUUUUCUCGACGCUAAACGGCAAGCACAAUAAAUGAGUCCUAGUUCUAAAAACUGACAAUUACUCUCCAUUCAUGUAGUUCAUAUUUGACAGUGCAGACUUAUUGUUGGAACAUCCUAUUGGGCUUCCACAUCGUCUAUCAUCGGUUUUUGCAUGCGCACGGAUCGGUGAAAGUAACAAAAACCCCUCCCAGAAUCGGUGUGGCGCUGAAAAAAGGUGUGGGACCAUGUACCAGUUUCCCGUCCGAGGGUUGGAAAAGAUCCGUAGAACAAGAAGGAAAGUAAAAAACAUUCUUGGAGAAAUCGGACUUGAAGAAUGUCUUAGUUUAGGCCAGGAUCUCCAGGAAUAUUUCCCAGGGGACAAUAUUUUUGAUGCCACAGACUGGAACAGUUUAUCUGAUGGAUAUGAUGGCCGGUGGAAAAAGAAGUGGGACUAUCGGACACAAGGAUUGUGCUGCAGUUUGUGUCAGUUCUCUACCAAGUCAUGGCAUACAUACAAAAUCCAUAUUCAGCGAUACCACGAUGAAGAGGAGCGUAUGUGCAGACUUACUACCUGUACUUCCUGCCCAUUUAUAGCCCACCCCAGAGCAGUGUUCAGGCACUGCAGAUUGUUCCAUGCAGAGGACACACCAUUCGAAUCUCCUGCAGUCCCCCAGUUGCCUCCAAAAGCUGGAAGUGGCAGUAUAUUUCAGUGUCGAAAAUGUCACAUGCAAGAUACUCUUCUGUACAGUGUGAAAAAACACGUCCUCCUUUAUCAUUACACGGCCACCUUGAAUAAAUAUGCCGGGCAGAGAUCGGAGAGGGACCUCUUGUCACUUGGAGACACAUCUCAGAAAUUCUACUGCAAGAGAUGUUACGUAUCAGCUGAGACAUCGGAACACUUACUGUAUCAUCUUCUGACUUCAGAAAAGCACAAGGAGCUGGAUGUGCACAUCAGAGCUCUAAUAUGCGAAACUGAAAGUACAAAACAAUACAUGGCCCUCGCACCAAAAUCCCAAGCCCCUUCUGCUGUCAUGAUGAAGGAUCAGCCAUCUGCGACCUCUACUCUGAGUGCGGUUGGGAUGGAAAACGGUGGGGUGAUUGCUGCUUCAGGAACAAACCAAGCAUUUCUUCCCACUCAAGCUUCGGCCCUAGUUCAACUUGCAAGUGCUGAGGCAAAGGGCUUACUAAGGCCUGGAGUACCAAUUGCGAUUCAGAACAACCAAAUUUUACCUGCAUCUGCAAUGCCACCUGCACCAAACGGCAUUCCUUCCCAACAGAUCAGAUUUGGCGCCCCUGGUCAACUGCAACCUCGUCAAAUUGUCCUUCCACCAGGCGUUCGCCUUAACGUGCCCGCUGCUAGGCCGCAAGGCUCUCAAUCCCUCAUCGUUACUCCAAGACUACACUUAAAUCAGCCCACCGCUGGAGGAACCAUGCUUACUUCUCAGUCCCUUUUGAGUCACUUGGUCCCCACAGGCAACAAAGUCGAUGGGUUGCCCACCUACACUCUUGCACCUUUGCAGGUCUUAUCGGUUCAGGGAAAUAACACCCAAGGAGGCAACAAAGCGCCAUUGCCUGUGUCCCAGAACACCCCACCAGCUCCGCUAAACAAGCAAAACCCUUCUCUGCCACCCCCCAAGCAAGCCAAGAAAUGGAUCACGUGUCCUAUUUGCAAUGAGCUCUUCCCGUCUGACAUUUACGACUCCCAUCCAGAGGUUCACAAAGACUAUUCUAAAAUGCCCAAGCUUGGUCUGGCCGCCCGUGCUUCCUUUUUGAAAAAGAUGCCAGACAAGACGGUGAAAUGCCUGACGUGUAAGAUCUUGAUAUCGGAAAGGGGUGUUUUUGAACAUCUACUUCACGGCAUGACCUGCUUAUUUUGUACUGGGAUGUUUUACUCCAUCAGGCAGCUCGUUGACCAUAUGCAGUCUGAUCACGAUGUGACCCAGAAGAACAACUGUGAAUUCAUGAGGCGAGAGUACCGACUUUACACUGACGAUUCAGGGAAUCUGCUUUUCCCUUAUUUUGACAUCAGGACCACAGCUCCGAAACUAAUAAUGGGUGAUAAAGAGCUCAAUCUUGCGUUGGUCACCAGCUCCCUCGAUCUGAUCUUUGUGAAGAUGUUGCCCAACAAUCCUCAGGCAAUUUGCAAUGUGCCCACGCCCAAUUCCAAUAACACUGAGUGCCCCUUCUGCUCUGAGAAGCUCCCGAGCAAAGAAUUGUAUCACAUGCACCUCAAAGAAAAGCAUUUCAUUGUGCCCACUCUGCAUGCCAUCCUUAAAACUCCAUCAUACAGAUGCCUUUACUGUGGAGGUGUGUACACAGGGAAGACCACUACCAAGGCCAUCAUUGUUCAUUUAUCUAAGUGUCGCUGUGCACCUAAGGGUCUCAAAGAUGCUGAGAAUACGAGCUCUGGACUAGCUGUUACUCCUAUACCAAACAGAGCUGUAGUAUCAUACCCAGCUCAUCCAAAACAGAUUAGUGGACCAACCCCAGCUUCAGUCCAACCCUCUGUUCCUGCCGUUCAGGUGCCAGAAACGGAAGCAGAGAUACAGAGCAAGUUGCGACUGGAAGUUGCCUUCAGAGAAGCUAUGGAGGCAAAUAGGAGAGAGCGAGAAGAACGGUUGGCAAGGAAAAAGCAACUAGAGAAAGAAAGAUUAGCUGCAAUUACGGUCCCCACACCUGAAGUCGUCAUUGAUCCCUCUGUAAAAUUCACGUUGGAUCCAGCUGGAAUGGAGUUGCGUUCAUUUGAUGAUCGACGUGAAUUUGUCAACAAAUACUUUAAUACACAGCCUUACCCGCUGAAAGAGGUCACUGCCCUGAGUGGCCGUUUACUGCUAAACAAAGCCGAUGUUUCCUGCCAGUUCAGCAAGCAACGUACCAAAUGUAUGAGACAUUUACAGAAAAACAAGGCCAUGAUACUUCUAGGCUUCAACAUGGCAGAGUUGAUGAAAGUUAAUCAUGAUCUUCUUAUUCCCGUUAUUGAGCCAGAAAAGAUUGCCACCGUGACGGAAGAUUCAGAUGUGGGGAUGGAGCAAGAGUAGCUUCCCAAUCGUAAAUACAAUGCACACUUUACCAAGUACCUAAACUGUUAGUUUGUCCUUAAAAUUCAAAUGCAAAAUAUGUUCCACUCUGAAUUCAGUGUUAAUGGACUGAGGUAAAACUUGAGAGGAUGAAACGGAAAUAACAUGUUUUAGUUUGGCUGCUGUUCAUCAAUGUCUGUGAAUACUUGUGUAGUAUAUUUGUUUUAGCUUUUCAUAUUAAAACAUUUAAAAUGAUAAAUGCAUUUAAAGCAUGUUACAUUGUUUCAUGUAAGUUUAUUAACUUGAGAAGAAGAUUAUUUGAUUUCAUAGCCUAGUUCUACAAUUGAAAACUUCGAUGUUUGUGAAGUUGUAUCUUUUUUUUGUUUGCCAAACCAACAUUUUGACCUUUGUUGGAACCUUUGAAGCAUUUAUCAAGUUAACCAUCUUCGUUCUAUGUUUUACCAUGUAUCUACAUAUAACUUACUUCCAUGUAUUGUCAAAUAAGUUCUAUCAUGCCUUAUUCUUUUAUAAAUAUAGUAUUUAAGUGAUGUUUCAA